AUGCCAACUCAACCCGGAAACCACUGCCGAGAAGAUUCUCUCCCUUCACUUCCUUCAGUUCCUGAUACUGAUCCUCUACAAACCUUCACUGGUUCUGUUGUCGGCUCAAUCUCCCGUCGCAAUCGUCGCUCUUUUGCUGCUUUAGCUCAGAAGACAUCCAACGCCCUUGCUAGUCUGUCCGGAACACAGACUACACUACGCUCCUCGAACUCCUACAGCAGUUUGUCGAGACAUUCUACGCCGUUGACCCCGCCAAUCGACGAAAUAUAUCCGCAAUUGACGGAGUCCUCUCGCCCUUGCUCCCCGGCCCUGGUCGACACCCUCCCCGCCAAUUCGCAGAAGCGUCGCCUGACCCUUCAGCGUCUUCCUACACCUCCCCACGAUACCCGGUCCUCUAUAUCCGGCCCACCCAAAAUGCAUCAAACUUCGUCAAGGUUAUUGCGCAUGACCGAGGAUGAGCGUCCGUUCACCAAGGAUUUCAUGGACUUGUUCUCCACCUUGAUGGUCAGCUUGAAAUUAGAUUCUCACCGAGUUCGUUUCACGCGCUAUGAUCACACGUUCACCUCCGAAGAGGCGAUCAACAACUUGGGUUCGCUCAAGUUCUCGCAGUCCAACCGCAUGCCCGACCCCAAGGACCCCUCCCGCAUCGUCACCACCACCACCACUACCACUUUCUCCAUGGCCAAGGAAAUGGCGCGAUCCGUGUGCCAGCGUUUUGUAGACGCCCGUUUCAUCGAAUCCGUUGACGGCAAAGCGCUCCCGAUCUUCCCGCUCAAAGGUGCUCUCUUCCAGCUCACCCCGAAGGGUAUCAACAUCCUGCAGCGAUUCUGCCAGCGGAACGGUAUUACCGCCCGUCACGUGAUGGAUGUGUUGGAGUCACCGCGCAACACCAUGCAGCUGGUGAACCUGGAGCGGGACACGGAUACUGACAAGCUCUCCCACGAUCGCGCGACUAUCGAGGUCAUUUUCCGCCGCUUUGCUGGCCAGGAUGGCCCCAACGUCAAGAGCAGUAUCUCAACUUCCGACUCCGACUCGCUUAGUGACUACACCAACGGUCUCGUUGGUGUCAAGGUGGCUCGGGAACGCAAGCUCCAGGAUGGCAAGGUUUACAGCAACACUUUUACCGGAAAGGCAUCGGUAGACUGGUUGAUGGAUUGUUCAACAACAAUUGAGCGCCGAGAGACCUGUUUGAUCGCCGAAUUGUUCUUGAAGUAUGGUAUGAUCACAAUGAUCCAGGAUGAUAAGUCCUUCCCUGAUAUUGGGCCCACCGCACACUUCCAACCCUCUAAAUACGCUAUUUACGGCAUCACCGAACGCGGUCAGCGCGUAUGUGGAUGGAUUGCCCGCGAGAAGGCCCGUGAGAACGCAGCGGCAUACGACAGCCGCGGCAUGCCGCGGGAUUCUAACAACGCCCGGUUGACACACAUUCUCCAAGAUCCUGCUCUGCGUCUGCUCUUCCGCGAAUUCCUUCGCUACUCGCUUUGCGAGGAGAAUUUGUCUUUCUACCUGGAUGUUUCUGAGUUCACUGCCAACUACCACAAGGCCGAGAAGAUGGGAACAUUCAACAAGGUUGAUUCCGUGCGGGAAACCUUGGCGGCUGCUUAUGGAUUAUACAACGCCUUCCUGGCCCCGGGCUCUCCUUGCGAGCUGAACAUCGACCACGCGCUCCGCAACAGUCUGGCUAGCCGCAUGACCAAGGCCGUGGGAGAUGACGAUUCUAUGUUCAAAAGUCUGCAGGAAGUCGUGCACCUGUUCGAGCUUGCUCAAACAUCCGUAUUCAAGCUCAUGUCCAGUGACUCGGUUCCCAAAUUCUUGCGUGACCCCAAGUACGCUGUUGUGCUGCAAGAACACGACGUGGACAUCAUGGGAGGUUCGCGCUCAUACUCGCCUACCCCCGGUCCUCCCUCCAUCCCUGAACGCAGCAUGAGCCGUUCAGCCCGCGCCUGA